GGCUGACACUCCCUGAUGACCCAGUUUUCUGUGGUGUCCUCCAGUAUCAUGCAGGUGUUGGGGGCCUUCCCCUCCCCCAGCGGGCCCGCCUCCACCUGCAGCCUGCUGAAUGAAGACACCCUGAUCCGCUACGCCAGACUCAGCGCCACCGGAGCCAGCAACUUCCGCUACUUCGUCCUGGACAACUCGGUCAUCCUCGCCAUGCUGGAGCAACCCCUCGGCAACGAGCAGAACCCGAGUCCAUCAGUGACGGUUCUGAUCCGAGGCACGGCAGGCAGACAUGCCUGGACCAUGCAGCUCUUCCACCAACCCAGAGGAGCUCGGGCCAAUCAGAGGCAGGUGUUUGUUCCAGAGGGCCGUCCAAAACCCAACAACGGUGUGGGCAUCAAGUACAACGUGAAGCAGAGGCCCUUCCCCGAAGAGGUGGAUAAGAUUCCUCUGGUCAAAGCGGACGUCAGUAUUCCUGACUUGGAUGACAUUGUCAGUAAAGAGCUGGAACUGCAACAUGACAAGCUCCGGGCUCUUAUGACAAAGCAGAUGGAGUACGAGAACUCCCUGGAGCGACACGGCGAGGAGAUCUGGAAGUCCAAGCCUUACCCCGACCCUCAGACGGAAUGCAAACCCCCGUACCCCGCGCAGGAGUUCCAAACAGCUCGCCUCUUCCUCUCACACUUCGGCUUUCUGUCCCUGGAGGCGCUCAAGGAGCCCAACAACAGUCGUCUACCUCCUCAUCUGAUUGGCCUGGAGUCUUCGUUGCCUGGGUUUUUUGAUGACAUAAGCUACCUAGACCUGCUUCCAUGCCGACCGUUUGACACCGUCUUUAUUUUCUAUGUGAGGGCUGGACAGAAAAGCUGCCCGGAGAUCCUAAAGAAUGUGGAGUCGUCGUCCAGCGUCCAGCCCCACUUCUUGGAGUUCCUGCUGUCCUUGGGCUGGCCUGUGGACGUGGGACGCCACCCUGGCUGGACGGGACACCUGGACACCAGCUGGUCCCUGAACUCCUGCUCCGACAGCACUGAUUUCCAACAAACGGAGGACGCAGCUACUCCCGAGGACACAGGAGGCUCCAUGUUCAACGGGGAGAAGAAAGUUUUGUACUAUGCUGAUGCUCUGACAGAGAUUGCCUUCGUUGUUCCUUCGUUAUCGGAAAGUUCUGAGGAGUCGUCGGUGCACAGCGACUCCACCGUGGAGGCGGACACUAAUGCAGACAUUGUGCCCGGGUCACUCAAACAACCCAAUCUCACACUGGAGCUGUUCCCCAACCAUUCAGAAAACCUGGAGUCUGCCAAAAAGCUGAGUCCUUUGGUGAAGUCGAAGAGGUCGUCCACUGGAAAGUCUUUCCCACCUCUGGGUCCCGAGACCAAGGUGUUUGUGGUCUGGGUGGAGCGCUUUGAUGAUAUCGAGAACUUCCCUCUGUCUGACCUCUUGGCGGAAACCAGCACGGGCUUGGAGGGGAGCAUGAGCAACAGCACUUCCUGCAGGUCAGGGUUACUGGAAAAGGACGUUCCUCUGAUCUUCAUCCAACCUCUGAAGACGGGACUCUUCAGGAUGCGGCUGCAUGGAGCUGUGGGUAAAUUCGGCAUGGUGAUUCCCCUGGUGGACGGCAUGGUGGUCAGCCGCAGAGCACUAGAUGUGUGA